AUCACAACUCAGUCCAGCGUGCCGGAAACCUCAUCUCGCCCUUUUCAUAAUUUUUUUCCCUCUGGUGUCACGGACCCGCGCCCGCCCGUCAGCCAGGAUCCAACCAAAUUAGCAGAUGAAAUAUUCAGCAGGAGGAACGCUAAGAUUUCACUCCGGUGGCAACAGAAAACCCAGCUAAGGAGAGGAUGACGGCGACUUUCUCCACUCCGCUUCUGUGAGACGAAAAAAAGAAAAGGUCUGUGUCGUCAUCGAUAGAGCGCAGCUACACAUAAUGAGUGCUCCGGCCUGCGGGCCCUCCAUGUGCUCUGUAUGAAGAUGGGGACAAGCAACUUUAUCCAGAGACUGAACGUGACACUACAGCCGGUGGUCCUCUUGGUGACUAUUGGGGUCUUGCUCAGAGAGUCAUGCAUCUGCUGUCCUCCUACAUGCGACUGCCCGUCUCACGACAACGCCACCCUGUGCAAACACCGUCUUCUCAGUUUGAUUCCAGUGGAGAUCCCCCCCUCUUCCCAUUUCUUGGAUCUAAGUUAUAACCGGAUCAGAUCAGUUCAGCACGGGACCUUUUCCCACCUGCAGGAUCUCCAGGAACUAGACUUGAGCCACAACCAGCUCUCCCGCAUAGAACCCGGAGCCUUCAGCGGCCUGCCAAAAAUGCGCAUCCUGUUGAUGCACCACAAUCAGCUCAAGCUUCUGUCUCCGGGAGUCUUUUUGGGAAUGCCGGGACUUAAUUGGUUAGACGUCAGGGAAAACCAGUUGGUCAUCCUGCUGGAUCAGACUUUCCGUGGCCUGCAGGAGCUUCGACACCUGGAGGUUGGCGACAACCCUCUGUUGUUCGUAUCUCCCGCAGCCUUCCUGGGGAUGCCUCUUCUGCAGAGAAUGGGGUUGGAGAAAACUAAACUGGGCAGGGUACCUUCUCUGGCUCUGGCUUCUCUGCCCCAACUUUCUGAACUAAGACUGGGUGGAGUGACCAGCACGGUUCUACGGGACCUCUCGUUUUCAAACAUGCCAUCAUUGAGAGUACUAGAUAUAGACCAUUGGCCUUCUCUUGCAAAUCUUGGAGCACACAGCCUGACUAGUCUCAAUCUUACCUCCCUAUCGCUAACCAACUGCAACCUAAGGUCUGUCCCGGAGGAAGCACUGAGGUCUCAGCUCCACCUACGUAGGUUGGACCUCUCUCAAAACCCCAUUUCUUUCCUUACUGAAGGGUGUUUUUGUGAUCUGAAAAGGUUGGAGGAGUUACGGUUGUCUGGUGGAAGACUAAGCUCUAUACCUUCCAAUGCUUUUCAUGGCCUGGACCACCUCCGUAUGUUAGACCUUUCAGACAAUCCGAUUCAAUGGGUAGAAGAAAAUGCCCUCCCUCCCCCUGGUGUCCUGGAGACUGUGUUACUUUCUGGGACCACUUUGUCGUGCGACUGCCGUCUUUGUUGGCUCCUGCAUCACAAAAUCCAUUUUGGAGGAAGGCCGCCAGUGUGCUCGGCCCCUGACUCGUUGAAGGGGAUGGUUAUCCCAGACCACUCAGAGCUGCUAUGCCCAGAGUUUUUUACCUGCCAACCAGCCAAGAUAAUAGGACACGGUCCACGUGAGUUCAGGGUGCAGGAGGGCGACAGGCUGACUAUCAGCUGUCAGAGUCAGGGUGUACCUGAACCCUCUACGCUGUGGGUGCUACCAAAAGUUCCAUGGCCCGUGGACACGAAAUCCACACACCCUGAUGGCCCAGACACAGAACUCCCUCAACAUGCACUAGGUUCUUCAGAGGAGGUAACAGAGUCAGUGCAGUUAGUAAAAGACUCUAAAAAAUGGAGAACAACCAAUACAUCACAACCAUCAAAACCGGUGGAGGGCCGAAUCACCAUUCUACCAGAAGGUUCCCUCCAGUUUCUACCGGUGCAAACCUUGGACACGGGGGAUUACCUCUGCAUGGCUACCAACCUGGCAGGGAAUGACUCUGCCUGGAUUCACCUGGAGGUCACACCAUUCAACAGCAGCACAGUCUAUUCUCCCCUCCCCAUGGUCCACAGUCAUCUUCUGGCCGUUAUCACGGCCGGGGGAAUCCUUCCCUUCAUCAGUUCCGUGACGCUUUGCUUCAUCUUCAUCUUCCUCUGGAGCCGCGGACGCGGGAAUAUCAAACACACGGCCAAUAUAGAUUAUAUUCCCAGGACUUCAAGGGCAAGUUCAUCACCAGAGGACAAUAAAUUCACCAUGAAACUCAUCUGACGGAGUAAAAUAUAGACUGGGGUAGAAAUGUACUAUAAGAAGGACAAUCUGUGCAGAAGAUAUGAUUUGUUCUAUUAAGGCCCAAAUAUUCGAAGGAAAUAUGUUUGGAGUUAGGGGCUUAGAGUAUAAAAUUAUAAGAGAACUAGGGAUGCACUUGGGUUGGUCUGAACCCAAGUCUGGCAGAACCCAGAAAUAAGCUGUCAGUGCCAGCCCAAUCAAAUGUGACCAGGCCAUUCUCUACCCCUCAGCUGCACAUACGCAAAGGGGGGUGGGAACGCUUGUGACAUCAUUUACCUAAUAUAACCACAUGACCAUAUUAGUGUCUAUGCCACUGACCUAUUAUGGCCAUGGGGCCUUGUAACGUCAAUGAAAUUGACCUAUUAUGGUCAUGAGGCCAUGUUACGUAAGUGACAUUGACCUAUUAUGGCCAUGGGGCCAUGCUACGUCAAUGACAGUGACCUAUUAUGGCCAUGGGGCCAUGCUAUGUCAAUGACAGUGACCUAUUAUGGCCAUGGGGCCAUGUUACAUCUAUGACAUUGACUUAUUAUGGUCCUGAGGCCAAGUUACAUCAAUGACAUUGACCUAUUAUGGUCAUGGGGCCAUGUUACGUCAAUGACA